AUGACUACGAUAGAUGAUAUCCCCGGAAACUUGCUCCGGAAGCCUUCGGGCGAGACGGGGGAUGAGCUCCAAAGAGCUCCUUCAGAUUACAAGUCACUGCACUCCUUCAGGCUUGAUAAGGAUAAGCCGUAUAAGCAACAAUUUGCCGAUAUGUAUUUCCUGCGGCUAACUAAAAUCAAGCCUGCUGUCGAGCAGCUCGCAUCUGCUGCUUGGGAUAACCAGGUUAUGGUUAUUGGUGAGGAGCCGGUGAGGAAGGCGGAACGGGUGUUAGAUAUUCGACAGGGCGAGUUCUGUUGGGUCUCGGGCACCGUCUACAUGGAUAUGCCUUUAAAACCCAAUAUCCUCGAGGAUGUCUCUAAGGAUCGAUGGCUCUCAGCCCCCAUCUCAAACAAAAAAUACUACUCAGACGAUGGCUCCGACGCUAUCACCCUAGAAGACGAGUCCGGCCGCAUACGCCUCGUCGGCAACGUGCUUAACUCCGUACUCCUUGUGACUGGAUGCAUCAUUGCCGUCAUGGGUACCGAGAACGCGAACGGCGAGCUCGAAGUCAUGGACCUGAAAUUCCCAGAUCUGCCCCCGCAACCGGAACGCCGGGCGUUAUUUAAGUCGCCCGCAGGCGCCAAAAGUGAUGCUACAAAGGGAAAAACCAAAACCAAAGCCAAAGCCAAACCUAAAGACGAAAAUACCAAGAUAACAGACGCCGAGACGACAGACACCGAGAUGACAGACGCCGAAAUAAGAGAGGCCGAGAUGAUAAUCGCCGAUACCAAAGCCAGCGGGCCCAAAAUCGCUAUCGUGUCCGGCCUAGGCUUCUCCGGCAGCGACGCCUCACACGCAAUUGAGCUAAAUCUACUCCUCGAGUUCCUACUAGGCGAGUCACUCGACCCCUCGGCGCAACAAGAGGUAUCCCAAAUAAGCCGGCUGAUCAUCGCGGGUAACUCCAUCUCCCUCGAGGAGCGACGUCCCGGCGCCGACGAAGACCUAACCGACAAAAAAGCACACAAAAAGUACGGCUACGACAGCAGCGCAUACAACGCCUUGCCAUCCCAACUCCUCGACGAGUUCCUCUCCGCAUUACUACCCUCGAUCCCCGUCACCCUACUCCCCGGGGCCCAGGACCCCGCCAACGCGAGCUUCCCGCAGCAGCCCAUCCACCCGGCCAUGUUCCCGCUCUCGCGCCCCUACACGGCACCGCCUACGGCUACGGAUGCCGAGCCCGGCUGGUUCGACAGUGUGACGAAUCCGUGGGAGGGUGAGAUUGACGGUUGGCGGGUUCUCGGGACGGGGGGCCAGAAUAUCGAUGAUAUAUUCAAGUACGUCGAUAGCAAUGAUCGGCUGGGCAUGAUGGAGGCGACGUGUCGGUGGAGAUGCAGUGCGCCGACUGCGCCUGAUACGCUAUGGAGCUACCCCUUCCAAGACGACGACCCAUUCGUCAUGCAAACAUGUCCGCAUCUAUAUUUCGCCGGCUGCCAGCCCGAGUUCGGCACCAAAGUCAUACAAGGCCCAGAAGGGCAAACAGUGCGGCUCGUUUCCGUGCCGUCCUUUGCAGAUACCCAAGAGAUAGUGCUGGUGGAUACCGAGACCUUAGACGUCACCAAGGUCAAGAUUGCUACGGUCUAG